GGUGGGGGGCUGAACCAGCGCAUUUGAUAUCAACUCAUUUACACUUACACUUCAGUCUUCCCAACAGCCUUACCAGUGAUAUAUCAUCAUGAUCAUCUUAAUACUUCUGCUGGGCGCUAUGCUACCCCAUGUGACCCUAACAGGAUAUGCAAAUGUAGGAAUAAUAAAUGGCACAAAGGCAAAAUCCAGACCCUACAUGGUUUCGGUUCAGAAAAAUGGGCAACACAUCUGUGGUGGCUUUCUUGUGUCCAAACAGUUUGUCAUGACGGCUGCACACUGCUUUGAAAAUGGAGUCAAACUGACGGUUGUGGUUGGAGCUCAUGAUCUCAACCGCAGAUCUGACCACAUAGCUGUGAAGUUUUACCACAUACAUCCUGGUUAUGACUCUGCAAAGCUGCUAAAUGACAUCAUGAUACUUCAGCUCAAUAAAAUCACAGAAAACAGAGAAAAUGUCAAAUCGAUCUCCAUCCCCCAAAAAGACAUGAACAUCAAGGCCAAUUCCAAAUGCAGUGUUGCAGGCUGGGGUGCACAGAAAACCAAUGGUUCUCCAAGUAAACAACUUAUGGAGGUUAAUGUCACCAUCGUUGACAACAAAAAAUGUAAGAAGAAAUGGGAUAAACAAACAACCUCAAGGAUGGUGUGUACAUUUGGUGAAGGAGGAUUUUGCCAGGGAGAUUCUGGAGGUCCUUUGGUGUGUGACGGCACUGCAGUCGGUGUCGUUUCAUUCAACGAGAAGAACAACUGCGACAAACCAAAAGUUCCAAACGUCUACACCAGGAUUUCUAAAUUUUUGACCUGGAUAAAUGCUAUACUUGGAGGUGUAAAGCAAGAUUCUGAUUAUUAAAAUUCCAAACAUUUCCUGAAGUUGUGUGUGUCGUCCUUGACUGUAUGAUCAGUAUUGUGGACCAUUAAAGGUGCUGUUGAAUGCGCCUCAAACAUGAUUGUAGAAUGAGCCUCAAACAUGAUUGUUUUCUGCUUAUGUAAACCUCGUGAAUGCAAAAGACCACUGGAAAACAGGCCAAUCUCAACAAAACACCAACAGUGACGUUAUAGUCGGGAUGUACGCCCCAACAUUUAAUUAAGUACAAUGUUGUUACAAUACUAAAAACAAAGUUGUGACUGCUGAGUUAGAGCUAUAUGCUUGUUAAUGCUAUAGGCUAACGUUUAGGCUGAAGUUCUACUAUUGACAUAAAAGUUACAUUUUGCAGGUCCACACUGAACAAAAAGCAUAAGGUUUAAACACACACAGAGCUACUAAAGGAGCUGCUAUGUGAAACAGCCAAUCAGAGCAGAGCUCAACGUUAUUUUCAUGACUCUUUCAAAUAAGACCAUUUCAUUCUGGGGCAAAUGCAAGGGUUGUAAAUGGACAUGUCAAAACAUAUCUGGAUAAUUUUGCACUUAUCAUUUCAUGACUCAACAUUGAUCUCAGACAAGAGCUUUCGACCACAUCAAAUGUCACAAAUGCUUUUCAGUGGAAAAACAAUGUCGACCCUUCACAGAAAAGUGGGUUUCCUGUCGGGUGCUGAGCUCAAAGCAUGUGGUCAAUCAUCCUGUCUGUGAGAAAGACUUUCAAGUUCUUUCAAUUUAAGAAGACAUCUCAGUAUGCUUUUUGUUUAUGGCCACGACAUAUGCCAAUAAAUGCAUUAUAAUCACCAUUUUUACAACCAAUGCCAGAAAUUUCAAUCUGAAGUGUUGCACCAAGGAUUAUUAUAUCAAAAACAAAACCAAGAACUAAAAAUAAAAAGCAAAUAACGUGUAAAAUAGAUUUAAGUUCAUAUGCAAGCAAUCAUAAUAGCGCAUAAAAUAUUAUUUUGAAUUGUCAUUUCUGCACUGUAAAUAAAAAUUUGUUAGUUCAACUUAAAAAGUAAGUAACUUGGUUGCCUUAAAAUUUUGACUUAAAGCAACUUAAAAAUAUUAGUUAACUCAAAAACGUUGCAUGUGAGUGUCAUGCGCAUCUUGUCAGUAAAGCCGGUUCCUUGAUUGUAAUAAAUCGCCAUCAGCUGCUUUCAGAUGGAGCGGCAUUUACUACACAGAGCCAUAGUUCACUGAUAAGAGGGCAAAUAACGCAUUCAUAAUCGCGGAUGAAAUAGGUGCACUUUAAUAACUGGUGGACCCCUCCCCUGGCAGCAAUAACCUCAACCGGCACUUCCUUGUAGCUGAGGAUCAACCCUGCACAUCGUUGAGAAGGAAUUUUAGCCCAUUCUUCCUGGCAGAACUGCUUUAG